CAAUCGAAUAAAUAUUGAAUAUUUUUUGAGCUUGAAAACUUUGAAAUCAUUUUUUGUUGUGAUCGGCGGAUUUUCAUCUUUUUUUUUUGGUUGAUUCCAUACAGACCGUUUUGGUUGGAAAGAAAAUGCCACGAGGACAUGAAUUAUCCGAUUUUCAACGUGGUCGUAUUGUUGGAAAAUAUGAAGAAGGUGCAACCAUACGUAAAAUAUCAAAAGAUUUAGAAAUAUCCAAAACAGCUGUACAUAAAAUUAUAACCGAUUAUAAAACAAUGGGUAAAACAAGUGCCGAAAAACGAACCGGUCGUCCAGGACCAUCCGAACAACUUUUACAUUCAAUACAACAUACAGUUGAAAAAGAACCUGGAAUUAAAUUAUCCGAAAUUGCAACCAGAUUUAAAAUAUCCGAAACAUCAGCUGGACGUUAUCUACAUUUAUUAGGCUAUUAUAAAAGCUAAAUUACUUCAAAAAAUUCCAAAAUAAAAAAUAAAUGAUCCAUAUUUCAA